GUGUAUUCUGGUAGCAAUCGUCUCGUAAAAACCAACAGAGCAUUUGGUCUGUAAGUCUGCGUUAAUUGCUUUAUUUGUACGUGUUUAUCUAUUGGUCUUUAAGGUGUGACAAACUAAACUUUAUUCAGUCUUCAUUUUAUGAUGAACCCUACUCGACUCAGUGAACCGUGAACUAAGCUUCUAAUGCUAAUUUAUCCUGCUAGUUAGCUUAGCUUGCUAGCUGCUACCAAAGUGACACCGAAAGUGUCACUUUGGUAAAUGCGUGAAAUACAAAUGCCGAGAGUAUUUGUGAAUCAGCAUCUAACUGCGGCUGUGGAAUAAAUAUUUGUAACGUUAUAAACUAAGAAAGAUGGCAGAGUACAACGAGGAACUUUCUCGAACAAAAGAGAACUAGUGACAACGUCAACUACUGGACGCUGUUUUCAAGAAGCAUCAAGUUGUGUCACUCAGAACAGAGGAUGAACUGCUGCUUAUAGAAGCGAGCGCGAAGAAGAGGGUGAAACAAUGGAGCAGACAGAUACCGAGAGACUGAGGUCAGUCGUCAGUGCGUCUUGGUCACGCUGCAAAUCCGGAAUUUUGAGCAAAGCUAUGCCGAAAUAUUGGAGUGCCCAGAUCAACUAGAAACGCCCCCGGCCAGCUUGACCAAACGGACAACUGUCCAUUGAACGUCUGUGAAGAACAUCUUCUACCUAAGCAGCAAGAGGGGGACCUCCAGGAUGGACCAGGAGAAACCUCAGCCCCCCCAUAUUAAAAAGGAAGAGGAGGAGCCACAUUCCACCCACAUUAAAGAGGAAGAUGAGGAGCUCCCUUUCUUAAAAGAGGAAGAUGAGGAACACAGUAUCAGUCAGAAUGGAGAGCAACAUGAAGGACUGGAGGAUGUUGAUGUCCCCAAGAUGCCAUUGAUUUAUGUCAUUGUGAAGAGUGAAGAUGAUGAGGUCAAAAGUGAAAGUGAGGAGAAGAGAGAGGUGGAGCCUCCAAGCAGCAGCUCAACUCAACACAUGACAACAGAAGCUGAUGGAGACCACUGUGGAGGAUCACAAGCAGACAAGCUCUUAGCUCCACUAUCAGAUAGUGAUGACACAACGUCACACUCUCCUGACACUGAUAAUGAAGACUCUGAAGCUGAUACAACAUGUCCCACUGACAACACACACUUUGAAUGUUCUCACUGUGGCAAAACCUUUAAUCACUGUCGUAACCUUAAAACACACAUGAGAAUACAUGCUGGUGUAAUACCUUUUUCUGGUUCAAAUAAUAAUUUACCAAUACACAUGAAAAAACACACUGGUAAAAAACAUGUUGUCUGUUCAAUCUGUGGUAAAGGUUUUACACAAAAUAAUCAUUUAAAAAGACACAUGAGAAUACACACUGGUGAAAAACCUUUUAUCUGUUCAAUCUGUGGUAAAGGUUUUACAGAAAAUUGUAAUUUGAAAGCACACAUGACAACACACACUGGUGAAAAAUCUUAUUCUUGUUCAUUCUGUGCAAAAGGUUUUACACAUAAUAUGCAUCUUAAAAGACACAUGACAACACACACUGGUAUAAAACAGUUUUCCUGUUCCAUCUGUGGUAAAGGUUUUGCACAAAAGAGUGAUUUGAAAAGACACAUAACAACACACACUGGUGAAAAACCAUAUUCUUGUUUAAGCUGUGGUAAAUGUUUCACACAAAAUAAUCAUUUAAGAAUACACAUGAGAACACACACUGGUGAAAAACCUUUUAUCUGUUCAAUCUGUGGUAAAAGUUUGGCAGAAAAUAGUCAUUUGACAGCACACAUGACAACACACACUGGUGAAAAACCGUAUUCUUGUUCAGUCUGUGCUAAAGAUUUUACUCUCAAUAGUCAUUUGAAAACACACAUGACCACACACACUGGUGAAAAAAAGUUUUCUUGUUCAAUCUGCGCAAAAAGUUUUACACAAAAUAUACAUUUGAAAAGACACAUGACAACACACACUGGUGAAAAACAUUUUUCCUGUUCCAUCUGUGACAAAGGUUUUACACAAAAUUGUGAUUUGAAAAGACACAUGACAACACACACUGGUGAAAAACAUUUUUCUUGUUCAAUCUGUGCUAAAAGUUUUACACAAAAUAUAAAUUUGAAAACACACAUGACAACACACACUGGUGAAAAACAUUGUGUCUGUUCAAUCUGUGCUAAAGGUUUUACUCGAAAUAUACUUUUGAAUAGACACAUGACAGUGCACACAGGUAAAAAGCCCCUUUCCUGUUCAAUCUGUGCUAAAGGUUUUGUACGAAAAGAUAAAUUGAAACGACACAUGAGAACACACACUGGUGAGGAAGUGUGAGUUGCAGUGUGUGUGAUGAAAUACUCUCUUUAAAAAGCCAUUGUAAGAAAUACAACAGAGAACAAACAGCAGCAGCAAAUGAAACUGCAGGAUUUUGAAUAAACUGUCAAAACUUUGAUUUUCUAGCGACAUUUGCCACAUACAACGUGUGACAUCAUUGUUGUGUGUCUAACACAAUCUUGUUCAUAUACUGUUAAUACAUUAGAUUUUUUUAGAUUAGUGUUUUAUGUAUGUUUUAAGUGUAUGCAUUAGUAAAGAACAUUGUGUACAUUUAUUUAAAAAGCACAUUUUCUUUGAUUGAAAACAUCUACAGACUGAAGCAUCAUAUUGUUUUGAAUACUGUUGUAUUCACAUUUGUGUUCGUUUAAAAAAACCCGAACAAAACAUCCAUCCAUCCAUCCAUUUUCUACCGCUUAUUCCCUUUUGGGGUCGCGGGGGGCGCUGGAGCCUAUCUCAGCUACAAUCGGGCGGAAGGCGGGGUACACCCUGGACAAGUCGCCACCUCAUCGCAGGGCCAACACAGAUAGACAGACAACAUUCACACUCACAUCCACACACCAGGGCCAAUUUAGUGUUGCCAAUCAACUUAUCCCCAGGUGCAUGUCUUUGGAGGUGGGAGGAAGCCGAUGUUAGAUAAAAUAGACUGUAUGUGUAGUUGGUUGGAACUGCUACGUGUACAUUUGUAAAAUAACCCCACAAAUGCCACAUUUUCAAGCACUUUAAUCUAUGUAUGUCACUUUGACUGUGUAAUGUGUGUCAAGCAAAUGUCGCACCAUGGUGUUGAGUGACUCAGAAACAUUAAUAAACGAGUUGAGAAAUAAAAAUACGCUAAGGUUUGAUCUUUCUUUAUUAUUUUACAGGUAUGGCCCAAACUUUAUUUAUACUAUUUAACCCCUUUGGUU